AUGCUGCUCCAAACGUGGGCUGGCUGCACGAGGGAGCAGCGCGGGGUGGUAGCAGAAGCAGCAGCAAUGAUCGCAGCAGCAGCAGCAGCAGCAAUAACAGUAGCAGCAACAGGAGUGGCAGCAAUGAUAAUAGUAGGAGCAGCAAUUAAAGAAGCAGCAGCAGCAGUAACAACGCCAGCAACCGCAGCAGCAGUAGCAGCAGCAAGCGCAGCAAUAACGCUAUUAACAGCAGCAACAACAGCAGCACCAAUAACAAUAGGGGUACCAGCAACAAUAGCAGCAGCAAUAACAAUAAGUGUACCAACAGCAGCAGCAGCAGCAGCUGCUGCUGCUGCUUACCUCGAAUAA